CCUCUAAUGUCCUAAUAUGGAUUGAUACUGAGAGGGAGCGGAGCCCCGUGGGCGCGGCCAAGGGUGAGUCUACCUUCCCGGAAGAAGCGUGCCCAUCUGUAGCGGUAGCAAUGGAAGACAGACAGCGGCGGUUGUUGCAGCGAGCUCGGCUGCGCCUGGUAAAGGAACUGCAAGUAGAUCUCCUCUGGGAGCUGCUACUGCAGCAAGAGAUCUUCACCCAGGAUAUGAUCGAGGAGAUCCAGGGAGCAGGUACUCGCAGAGACCAGGCCAGGCAGCUGGUUACUGACCUGCAGACCCGUGGGAGGAGUGCAUUCCCUGCAUUCAUCUGGUGUCUCCAAGAGACUGGACAGAAUGACCUGGCCGCUUUGCUGAGCUCAGGAUGUGACCAGCCACAGUUGCGCCCAGCUGAUAUAAAACCAGUUGAAGUCCAUUCACAUCCUGGACAGAGUGAUCCAUGUAUUAGGACUUCAAGAUAUUUGCCUUCUCCUGUGAAAGUGGAAAAUGAGAGACCCCAAGAGCCACCACAUGACGUUACGGCCACUCAGGGCUCUGUGGAAGAAAGUACCAGGAGGAACUCUGAAACGGUUUAUAUCUUGAAAACAGACCCCUGCGGCCACUGCCUCAUAAUCAACAAUGUGAACUUCAGCAAAUCCUCGGGCUUUUCCCCUCGCCUCGGCUCCGACAUAGACUGUGAGAGGUUGGAGAAGCGUUUCAGAUCGUUGCGCUUCGAGGUCUUGACUCGACGGGAUCUUCAAGCUCAGGAAGUUGUCAGGGAGUUGCAGAGCCUGGCCAGGCGGGAUCACAGUGCUCUAGACUGCUGUCUGGUAAUUCUUCUUUCUCACGGCUGUCAGACCAGCCACAUUCAGUUCCCUGGCGGAAUCUAUGGUACAGACGGGAGACCCAUUGCGGUGGAAAAGAUUGUCAGCUACUUCAAUGGGUCCCAUUGCCCCAGCCUGCGGGGGAAACCCAAACUCUUCUUCAUUCAAGCUUGUGGAGGAGAGCAGAAGGACCGAGGGUUUGAAGUGGAUUCUGAGCCCCCUGUCACUCCACUGCAGAGAAGCGCCGUUGAAUCGGAUGCAACACCCUUCCAGGUUCCUGCGGGAGACUCGGAUCAGCCGGAUGCCGUCACGAGCUUGCCUACCCCUAGCGACAUCUUGGUGUCUUAUUCAACUUUCCCAGGUUUUGUGUCCUGGAGGGAUAAGCUGACCGGGUCUUGGUAUGUUGAAACCCUGGACUGUGUGCUGGAUCAGUAUGCGCAUUCUGAAGACCUGCUCAACAUGUUACUGAGGGUGGCCGAUGCCGUUUCUGCAAAAGGGAAGUAUAAGCAAAUGCCUGGCUGUUUUAACUUCCUCCGUAAGCGAUUCUUUUUCACGGCUGCGUGAAGAAGCCUUGGCGGGUCUUUGCCUGUGCCUGGUGGCAGUCUUGAGAGAAGAUAACCCACCUCCCCAGAAGAUGUCGGGUGCUCACACGUUGCUUAGGGCAGGGAUUGGGAACCAGUGGCCCUCCAGAUGCUGUUGGACUCCAGCUCCCAUCAACACCAGCCAGCAUAGCCUCUGGUCGGGGACGAUAAGAAUUGUCAUCUAGCGGAGCCUCCCUGGGCUCCUGCUGGGAGGAAGGGCGGGAUAUCAAUCAAUCAAUAUCUGGAGGGCCACAGAUGUUCACUCCCUUGACGCAUGGAUUUGUUUCCUUUGUCUUGUCGGGGUUGGGAGGGAGGGAUUUCAUCACUGUAAAAGCAUUCUUUUCUUCUUUCAUGGAAAAACUUAAAAAGCACUGGCAUCCGAACUGAAACCGUUUUGGGUUUGCAUGGAUGAAUCUCGCACUGAUCCCCAAAGGAAGUGAUACUAAUUUGUUGCAAGAGGUUGCCUUUCUGUGUCUGCCAGCAAUUUAAGAUUCUCUCUCUCCUCCUUCUCCCCAUCCCACCCCCCAUUUUAUGGAGCCCCAUGAACUGUAGCUGUAUAUGAGGGCAUUCCAGAUUACUUCUUUGAAGUGACUGUACCCUUUUCCAAAACUGCUUGAGGAAAGAUAAGGGUGCUAAAACCUUUUCAAGUUGCUGGUGUGAACAAGCCCAGAUUAAUUAUAAUGGCCUGCAUCCAAUCCUAAUUCUACCCAGAGUAGAUCCAUUGAAGUUACUGGAAAUGACCAACAUCCAUUAAUUGCCGUGGGUCUACUCUGCAUAGAACUUAGUUGGAUAAAUCCCACUGUGCUGAAUCCAAAGUUAGGCCUACCCAGAGCAGCCCAUGGACAUUAAUGAACCUUACUAACUUGGGUCUGUUAUUUUCAGUGGGUCUGCUCUGAGUAGACACUGGAUACAACCCAACAAUUAAAAAAGCACUUUGUUGGGGGAAGAGGAACACAUUUUGCUUGUUAUCCCUUUGUAUGAUUACAUAAUCCAUGUUUCUGUGCAGUCUGUCUGGUUCCCUUAUUUAAACUAUGUUGCCUGUGGGGGUGGCUGUGAUUCUAUUCUGCUAGAAUAGAAUUUGAUACAAAGGGCAGAAUCCCACAUCUUGAUAACUUUGACAGCGAGUUUCUAGUCCCCAUGUUGUCUGCAUACACCCAUUUCAGUUUAUCUUUGCAGUGUUUAAUGAAACUUCUACAAGUUCAUUUUUCUUGAAACCCCAGCCACCUUUAGGGGUUUGCCUAACAUGAAAUCACUGGCCUCCAGUUGUGUGGAGAAUUCCUGCAAUUCAGCAAGUGCAUUCCUUCGUGAGCAAGUUAUCUUGGCAGUUUCUGUUGAGACAAUGCUGUUGUUGCCUCUGCAUAUGUGGGAGAAAUAUAUGCUAGUACAGGUGAAGUCGGAGCAUGCAAUAUAAAAAAUGUCAUUUGUCUUCACUUGACAAGAUGCAGCCGCUUCCCUGAACAACACGCACCUCAUGUCAUAUGCGAUGUCUGUUGUGGGGCAGGUAAAGGUGUGGGUGCAUGAGAUCCCCUGCCAAAAUGAUGGAAAUCACCACUGUUUAGCUGGGGAUUCUGAUGGACAUCCCUUCUUGAAUCAGGAAAAGGUAUGCAUCAAAAUCUGCUAAAAGAGAUGUUUUCCUGUCAUUUCGGCAGGGGAUUUCAAUAUGGAAGAAAAUUCCUGUUUUUAGCAGCACCUUGUACAUGAUGUAAUUGGGAUGUCAUGUGAUUGAUAGGUGGGUGGCCCUACCCACCUGUCAGAUUUGGCCCACAAGGAUCUGGUCAGUGGAGUCAAAAAGAUUCCCAUCCCUGCUAUAAGGACACAAUCAGGAACUCGGUACUGAACUCCUGGUUGUCUCGGCCAAGCGGGCCUCACUGACCUCAAGCCCCUUUACAGCCGUGGUUUGAAUCAAAUGUGCGCCGGCAAACGAACAAAGCUUGAUUUGAGAUGGUCACCUGAUGUUGUUAAUGUCAAAAAUGACCCAGGGAAGGCAGGCCAGUUCUGGGUCCAGCCUUCAAGAUGAAAAUUCGCUAUUUCCUUUCUAUAGAUGCUCUCAUCAUUCUACCUCGCCCUCAUAUUUCCCGCCUCAGUUCUUACACCCUUUUCCCGUUGGCCUUUCUUCUUGGGUUUUUACAUCUCUCCACACCGUCCUAAACAUUUCUGCUCAUUCUUCUGCUCAUGUUUUUACUUGACAACGCUCUGUUAAGCGCCUUGUCCUUGUAAACAUCUCUGUGGUCUUACGUCUCUGCAUCUACCUUAUCUUUCAUUGCAACCUCCCUUUUGGACACUUGCAUCUUGCUCAGAGUCUUUGUCUGUUUUCACUUGCAGAUCCCUGUCACUGGAACACCCUUCCACUUGACAUCAAAAUCUCAACCUCUUUUUUUCCAUUGCAGCAUCUCUUUUAAAAGGGGCAUCUAUUCACCCUGGCUUGCUCCAAAUGACCCUGCUUUCCUUGCCUCCUUUCUCUUCUCCAUUCUGGCUCAUAAAAAUGGUUGCAUGUCUGCCUCCGUGCUUGAGCGCUGCAGGAAAGAAGCACUAAGCCUCUAUCAAAGUUUUCAAGGUCUUUGUGUCACACAUCCCUAACGCUGUGCUUCAUGCAUUAGUAUAGCCUUCUCCAACUUAGUGCCCUCCAGAUAUAUAUAUAUAUAUAUAUAUAUUUAUUUAUUUGUUGGCCUACAACUCCUAUCAGCCCCAACCAGCAUGGACAGCAGAAAGGGAUUAUGGGAACUGUAUCCCAGCUUAAGAUGCCAGUUUAAGGAAUGGUGCAAUAGAGGAAGAGGCGAUGUCAUUUUCCCAAUGGGCAAAAUAUUGCAAUUUGAAGGCUGGGCAAAUGGGAUUUCAUUUGUGAAAUGCUACAUUGGAGAAGGAUGUUUAGAUGCGACUGAAGAAAGCACCCUAAAACAGCCGUCAUGGAAAUGCUUACAGAUUUGCACACUGUGCCUCUGGCAUACAGCUUGAAUUCUGUUACCGCUCAUCAGAACUGAAAAGUGUUAUUUAGCGUCUUUUUUAAGGGAAAGAAAAAUGAAAAGAGGAAAUCGUAGAGGCAAAGAACCGCUCCCAGCAUCUGAGACUAAAGCCUGUUGAUUGGAUUGUUGCAAUUGUUUGUUUUAUUUUGCGACUGGUGUUAUUCUUGAGACGAUGUUCCUGGCAGGUUUUCGCUGUGCUCUGAUGCUCCUUGAAUUAAUUCUGUGCCAUCACCUACAGAAAAUGCCAAAGGGGGAGAAAGCGUGAGGGUUCAUCUUCAACAAGCCAGAAGAAUUGGCUUCUUUGCAUUUAUGCAUAUUUGUUUUUAAAGCUGUCAAUUCUAUAUUUUGGUAAUUUUAAUACAUCUUGUUGAUUUUUA